CACGGUGAGGGCGCCGGGCGGGCGGCUCGCGAUGGCUGGCGUGGAGCUCUUCUCGCAUCCCGCGUUUCACACGCGCUACCGGGCUGGGUUCUGCUCCGCCGCGGCGCUGGCGCUGGUGCUCAUAACGGUGCUCACCUAUGUGCCGCCGCUACUGGUGGCCUACCGGAGCCACGGUUUCUGGUUGAAACAAAGCACAUACCUGGAGCAGCCCACUGUGUGGUUCCGGUACGAGCUGCUCUUCGUGGCCACCACGGGGCCCGGCCCGGGCAACUUCUUGGCGUGGAGCACGUUUCCGGCGUUCAACAGACUCCAGGAGGACCGGCUACGAGUCCCAUUCUUGUCGGCUAGAGAAGAAGACAAAAAUCAAGAUGGCAAAAUGGAUCAGUUGCAUUUUAAAUUGGAACUUCCACUACAACCCACAGAACAUGUAGUUGGUGUUCAGCUGAUUCUACUCUUCUCCUACCAGCUUUAUAGAAUGUCAACAUUUGUGAUGCAGAGCAUGGUUUUUCUUCAGUUUUUUUCUCCUGUGCCAGGGUCUCAACUCUACGUGAAUGGAGACCUGAAAUUGAACCAGAGACAACUACUUAAACAUUGUGGACUGGAUACCAGAUACAAUGUGUCUGUGAUCAAUGGCACAAGUCCUUUUGCGAGUGACUAUGAUCUAACAAACAUCAUUGCAGCCUAUCAGGAUAGAAAUGUGACAACAGUCUUUUCAGAUCCCAGUCCUGUUUGGAUGACCGGAAGAGCACCAGAUACACCAUUUACCAUUAAUGCCACUAUUCGUUACCCAGUGGAAGUUAUCUUAUAUCAGCCAGGAUUUUGGGAAAUUAUUAAAUUUGCCUGGAUCCAGUAUGUCAGCAUUCUCCUUAUCUUUCUUUGGGCGUUUGGUAGGAUUAAAAUGUUUGUGUUUCAGAAUCAGGUGUUGACUACAAUUCCAAUAUUGCCAGUGUCUCCUGUACUGUCCUACAAACAGCACCAGUCCUGAGGAGAUGCCUGAGAACACUUUGAAGAAAUGCAGCUCAAAACCAAAUAGCUGCUUUUGUUCUUUAUACACUUUUUACUUUGGGAGAUCAGAACUUUGUAUGUUCUAUUUGUGCUUCCUUUUUAAAAGUACGUCUUCAUCUAUUUUUCUUGGAGCACUGCUUUGGGACUGAGAAUUUUAAUAUUUUUGACAGUUACAGAAGAACCUACUUGUUUUUUGGUUGGGUUUUGUUGUUCUUUUUUUGUUGUUAACCAGAACAUGCUUCCAAAACCAGUACAAAGCAAUGAGACUGGUUUUGCACGACCCGUGCUACAAAUACACAACAGUAACAAACCGUUUUUACUGCCUGGUAAAUUCAUUCACUGCUGCUCUGCCAAGAGCUAUUUGUAUAUUCAUUUAUGUGCAUUAAGAAAGGAAAAAAUCCAAGAAAUCUGAAAAAAAUUGUAGAUGAGUUAGGGUCAGAGGCAUGCUUCUGUAACUGGAGGUGUCCAUGCUCAACCAUUUAGUGAUCAAAUUGGAUGAUUGGUAGA